UUAGAGGGCUCGCGCUCGGCUCGGGGAAGAUGUAUUGAUGUUAAUAAUAUUACUAAUAGCAGCACGGAACGCUUUCUCGCGCACCCCUCGUCCGCUAUGAAGAGGGGUACGACGAAGAGGAGGAUGAGAGGGACGAAGGAGAGUAUGUCGGACGGAGGAAUGACGGUGAUGCGCUGUUUUCUGUGGAGUCUCCUUCUCUGCUCGCUCUCCUCGCGUGCGCAAGGUUUUAUCUACACAUGUGGCGGUACACUAAAAGGCAGAAAUGGCACUAUAGAGUCGCCAGGCUUUCCCUAUGGCUACCCCAAUGGAGCGAACUGCACCUGGGUCAUCGUCGGAGAGGAAGGAAGUAGAAUCCAGCUCAUGUUCCUGUCAUUUGCCAUAGAAGAAGAAUAUGACUUUUUGUCCUUGUAUGAUGGACACCCACAUCCGACCAACUUCAGGACCAGGAUAACAGGCUUCCAGGUCCCUCCCCCUGUCACCAGCACAGGAAACGUCUUCUCACUGAGGUUGACCAGUGACUUCGCUGUCUCUGCACAUGGCUUCAAACUCAACUAUGAAGAACUCCACAGUACAUCCUGUGGAAACCCGGGGGUCCCGCCCAAAGCGCUGCUGAGUGGUGCCGGGCGUUUUGCUGUGGGCGACAGUGUUCAGUACAGCUGUGUGCCUGGCUACGUGUUAGACGGCCAUGCCACGCUCACCUGUAUCACCAAUGCUGGGAACACCGCCGUGUGGGACUUCCCUGCUCCGAUCUGUCGAGCUGAGGACACAUGUGGGGGCACUGUGAGGGGCGGCAGUGGGGUGGUGACCAGUCCCGGUUACCCCGGCAACUAUGGUAACCAGGCCGACUGUACUUGGAUCCUUUUGGCCGAACCUGGAGACACCAUCUCUCUCAUCUUUACAGACUUCCAGACGGAGGAGAAGUACGACUACCUGGAAGUGGAGGGAUCUGAACCACCAACCAUUUGGUUGUCAGGCACUAAUGUACCCUCUCCCGUCGUUAGCAACAAGAACUGGCUCCGACUGCAUUUUGUGACUGAUAACAACCACCGUUACCGUGGUUUCAGCACACAUUAUCAAGUGAAGCGAUCAGUAGAUUUUAAAUCUCGGGGCGUUAAAUUAUUCCCUGGCAAAGACUCCAGCAACAAGUUUUCAAUAUUAAAUGAAGGAGGUGUGAAACAUGCGUCUAACUCCUGCCCUGACCCAGGAGAGCCAGAGAAUGGAAAGCGGCAUGGCAGCGAUUUCAGCAUUGAGUCUAUGGUGCAGUUCACUUGCGGAGAGGACUAUGUUCUUCAGGGCAGUAAAACCAUCAGCUGCCAGAGAGUGGCGGAAGUCUUCGCAGCCUGGAGUGACCACAGACCGGUCUGUAAAGUGAAGACAUGUGGCAGUAAUCUUCAAGGGCCGUCAGGAACCUUCACAUCUCCUAACUUCCCAAUUCAAUAUGAGAGCAAUGCACAGUGUGUGUGGAUUAUUACUGCCUCAAAUCCAAACAAGGUUAUCCAGAUCAACUUUGAAGAGUUUGACCUGGAGAUAGCCUAUGAUACUCUGACCAUAGGGGAUGGAGGGGAGGUGGGGGAUCCUACUGCUAUUCUGCAGGUACUAUCAGGAAGCUUUGUUCCUGACCUGAUAGUCAGCCUGACCCACCAGAUGUGGCUUCACCUUCAGUCAGAUGAGAGUGUCGGAUCCAUAGGAUUCAAGAUCAACUACAAAGAAAUAGACAAAGAGAGCUGUGGCGACCCUGGGACUCCUCUCUAUGGAGUAAGAGAAGGGGACAGCUUCCUGAAUGGAGGAAUCCUGAGGUUUGAGUGCCAGUUUGGCUUCGAGCUGAUUGGAGAGAAAACCAUCUCCUGCCAAGACAACAACCAGUGGUCAGCGAACAUCCCCAUAUGCAUAUUCCCCUGCAUGUCAAAUUUCACAGCUCCCUUGGGAACCGUCCUCUCCCCAGAUUACCCAGAAGGCUAUGGGAACAACAUGAACUGUGUCUGGCUCAUUCAAUCAGAACCAGGCUCCAGAAUCCACUUGGCAUUUAAUGACUUUGACCUUGAAGCACCCUACGAUUCCUUAACUGUGAAAGAUGGCGAGACAAACGAUGCGGGCGUCAUCGGGAGGUUCUCUGGAGCUGAGAAUCCAUCCCACUUGACGUCCAACACCAACACAGUGAGGCUGGAGUUUCAGGCCGAUCACUCCAUGUCAGGAAGAGGAUUUAAUAUCACAUACAGUACCUUCGGGCAUAAUGAGUGCCCGGACCCUGGCAUUCCCAUCAACGCUCGCCGCUUCGGAGACAGCUUUCAGCUCGGCAGCUCCAUCUCGGUGGUCUGCGAGGACGGGUUCAUCAAAACCCAAGGAUCCGAGACCAUCACCUGUCAGUUAGAGAAAGGGAAAGUCAUGUGGAGUGGGCCCAUCCCUAAAUGUGAAGCCCCCUGCGGAGGCCACUAUUCAGCCCCCACUGGAGUGAUCUUGUCUCCCGGGUGGCCAGGUUACUAUAAAGAUUCCCUCAGCUGUGAGUGGGUGAUUGAAUCAGAGCCUGGACGCUCCAUAAAAGCUACAUUUGACAGGUUCCAGACGGAGCUGGGUUAUGAUUUCCUGGAGAUCCAUGAUGGGCCAAACCUCCUGUCUCCUCUGGUUGGCUCCUUUAAUGGUACCCAGGUGCCCCAGUUCCUGUUCAGCAGCAACAACUUUCUGUAUCUGCUGUUCACCACCGACAACAGCCGAUCAAAUGCUGGCUUCAAGAUAGUGUAUGAAAGUGUUACAGUCGACAGCUACUCAUGCCUGGACCCUGGGAUCCCUGUCAACGGUAUUCGGUACGGGCAGGAUUUCGCCAUUGGGUCCACGGUGUCAUUCGGUUGUGAUUCUGGCUACAGACUUAGCCACGAGGAGCCGCUAGUAUGUGAGAAGAACCACUGGUGGAGCCACCCUUUACCUACAUGUGACGCUCUGUGUGGCGGGGAUGUUAGGGGUCCCUGGGGAACCAUCCUUAGUCCCGGCUAUCCAGACAGCUACCCUUCAUCUCUCAACUGUACCUGGACCGUUGAAGUCAGCCACGGGAAAGGAGUCCAGUUUCAGUUCAGCUCUUUCCACCUGGAGGACCAACAUGACUACCUCUUGGUUACGGAGAACGGAAGUUUUCUGCAACCACUUGCUCGCCUGACCGGCAACGAGUUGCCUAGCAACAUCAAUGCUGGUCUCUAUGGCAACUUCAAAGCUCAGCUACGAUUCGUCUCUGACUUUUCGAUUUCAUAUGAGGGCUUCAACAUAACUUUCUCUGAAUACACUCUGGAGCCGUGUGAGGAUCCUGGGAUGCCUCGGUUUGGCCAAAGAAACGGUUUCACUUUCGGAAUCGGAGACACGUUGUCUUUUUCCUGUAAUAUGGGAUACCGCCUAGAGGGAGUGCCAGAGGUGAUCUGUCUGGGAGGAGGGCGGAGAAUGUGGAGCUCGGCUCUACCAAGAUGUGUCGCCGAGUGUGGUUCUUCAGUUAUAAACAAUGAAGGGAUCAUUCUCUCUCCAAACUAUCCAAUGAACUACGACAACAACCACGAGUGCAUCUACAGCAUCCAGGUGCAAGCUGGGAAAGGCAUCAACAUUUCUGCUAGAACCUUUCAUCUCGCCCAGGCAGAUAUACUAAAGAUUUAUGAUGGUAAAGACAGCACAGCCCAGGUUCUUGGAGCGUUCACGGGAUCAUCCAUGCUGGGCCUGACGCUGAUCUCCACAUCAAACCACCUCUGGCUGGAGUUUUACAGCGAUUCAGAAAGUCAUGGGGAAGGAUUCAAACUGGUCUACUCCAGUUUUGAGUUGUCCCACUGUGAGGACCCUGGCGUGCCUCAGUUCGGCUUCAAGGUCAACGACCAAGGUCAUUUCACCGGGAGCAGCAUCACAUACAGAUGUGAGCCCGGAUACACUCUGCAUGGUGCCACCACCCUGAAGUGCAUGACAGGCGAGAGGAGAGCCUGGGAUAACCCCCUGCCUUCCUGCAUCGCCGAGUGUGGGGGCCGUUUUAAAGGGGAGUCUGCAGGGCGGAUUCUUUCCCCUGGGUACCCUUUUCCUUACGACAAUAAUCUGCGCUGCACUUGGACCAUCGAGGUGGACUCAGGAAACAUUGUGAGUCUCCAGUUCUUGGCGUUUGACACAGAAGCCAGCCACGACAUGCUGAAGGUUUGGGAUGGACCACCUGAGAACGAGAUGUCUUUGUCAGAGCUGAGUGGGUCUCUGCUUCCCGAGAGACUGCACUCCACACUGAACACUGUCACUAUUCAGUUUGAGACAGACUUUUACAUCAGCAAGUCAGGAUUCGCUAUGCAGUUCUCUAGCUCUGUGGCUACAGCCUGCAGGGACCCGGGUGUACCAAUGAACGGCAGUCGUAGUGGAGAUGGCCGUGAGCCGGGGGAUUCAGUGUCCGUUCAGUGUGACCCAGGAUAUGAGCUCCAGGGGGACGAAAAAAUCACCUGUAUACAAGUGGAUAACAGAUACUACUGGCAGCCCAGCCCGCCUGUCUGCAUAGCUCCAUGUGGAGGAAACCUAACUGGCUCCAACGGAUUCAUACUGUCUCCUAACUACCCUCAUCCCUACCCUCACUCCAAGGACUGUGACUGGCUCAUUGCUGUCAACUCUGACUAUGUCCUGUCGCUGGCGUUCAUCGGUUUCAACAUUGAGCCAAACUACGACUUCCUGUAUAUAUACGAUGGUCCGGACAGCAACAGUCCUCUGAUUGGUAGCUUCCAGGACAGCAAACUCCCAGAGCGGAUAGAGAGCAGUUCGAAUACAAUGCACUUAGCAUUCCGCAGUGAUGGGUCUGUUUCUUAUGGCGGUUUUCACCUGGAAUACAAAGCCAAGCUGAGGGAAUCAUGUUUCGACCCAGGUGUGGUUCUGAAUGGGACCAGGCUGGGAUCUGACUAUAAGCUUGGAUCUACUGUCACCUUCUAUUGUGAGGCCGGAUAUGUUUUGCAGGGCUAUUCUACCCUCACCUGCAGUAUGGGAGAUGAUGGCAGACCUGGGUGGAACCGAGCAUUGCCGAGUUGUCAAGCUCCCUGCGGAAGUCGUUCUACAGGAACAGACGGGACUGUUUUAUCCCCAAACUUUCCCAGAAACUAUACCUCUGGACAGAACUGCGUGUACUCCAUUUCUGUACCUAGAGAGUUUGUCCUCUUUGGACAGUUUGUGAUGUUCCAGACUUCUCUCAACGAUGUGGUGGAAAUUUACGAUGGACCAACUCAACAAAACACGCUAUUGUCUUCUCUCUCUGGGUCCCACUCUGGUGAGUCUCUCCCUCUGAGCUCGGGAAACCAGGUCACGGUAAAGUUUAGCACGGUCGGACCAGAAACUGCUAAGGGAUUUCACUUUGUCUACCAAGCUGUACCAAGGACCAGCUCCACACAGUGCAGUUCGGUCCCUGAGCCGCGGUUUGGGAAACGCCUCGGCAAUGACUUUGCAGUUGGCUCGAUGGUGCAGUUUGAGUGUAACCCUGGUUACGUCCUGCAUGGCUCCACUGCCAUACGGUGUGAGAGUGUCCCUGACAACCUGGCACAAUGGAAUGACACCCUGCCAACAUGUAUAGUUCCCUGUGGGGGUGCGUUGACCGCCCGUCGUGGGACCAUCCUAUCGCCUGGAUAUCCAGAGCCCUAUGACAACAACCAGAACUGUGUGUGGAAGGUGUCUGUUCCAGAAGGAGCUGGAAUACAGAUACAAAUUGUGAGUUUUGCCACAGAGCAUAACUGGGACUCUUUGGAUUUUUAUGAUGGUGCCGACAACCACGCACCAAGACUGGGCAGCUACUCUGGCACGACUAUUCCCCCUCUCCUGAAUAGCACAUCUAACAACCUCCAUCUAAGCUUCAGCUCGGAUAUAAGUGUCUCAGCUGCUGGUUUUCACUUGGAAUAUACAGCUAUUGGUCUGGAGUCAUGUUCCGAGCCACAGACGCCAAACUAUGGAAUAAGGCAAGGAGACCGAUUUAUGGUGGGAGACGUCGUACAGUUUUUAUGUGAACAAGGAUACUCUCUUCAGGGCAAUGCUCAUAUCACCUGCAUGCCUGGACCUGUGAGAAGAUGGAACUACCCUGUGCCACUAUGUCUCGCUCAGUGUGGUGGGUCUAGGCAAGAAGUAAGUGGGGUGAUUUUAAGUCCUGGUUUCCCCGGCAACUACCCCAGUGGAUUAGACUGCACAUGGACAGUCAACUUACCUGUGGGCUUUGGAAUCCAUCUCGCGUUUCUAAACUUCUCCACCGAAGCGAUCCACGAUUACUUGGAGAUCCGCAGUGGAACCCUGGAGAUGGGCUCGGUGAUCGACCGGUUCAGCGGCCCGGUCAUCCCCAAGUCUCUGUUCAGCACCACCCACCAGACCAGCUUCUUCUUCCACAGCGACUACUCACAAAACAAACCAGGGUUCCACAUCACAUAUCAAGCCUACCAGCUUCAGAGUUGUCCAGACCCUCGGCCUUUUCGAAACGGUAUCGUGAUUGGCACAGAUUUCAGCGUAGGGAUGACGGUGUCGUUUGAAUGUCUGCCCGGAUACUCUCUGAUCGGCGAGGCGUCGCUCACAUGUUUACACGGAAUCAGCAGGAACUGGAAUCACCCACUGCCACGAUGUGAAGCUCUCUGUGGUGGAAACAUCACGUCGUUAAAUGGAACCAUUUACUCUCCUGGUCACCCUGAGGAGUAUCCCAACUUCCAGGACUGUGUGUGGAGCGUCCGAGUUCCUCCUGGACACGGGAUCUACAUCAACUUCACUGUGCUGAGCACCGAGCCCAUAUAUGACUACAUCACUGUCUGGGAUGGUCCAGACCAAUCCUCUCCUCAAAUUGGCCAGUUUAGCGGGAACACAGCUCUGGAGUCUGUCUACUCGACUUCCAACAUCAUCCUCAUCAAAUUCCACUCAGACUUCUCUGGAGCCGGCUUCUUUGUCUUGAGCUACCAUGCGUACCAAUUAAGGGUUUGCCAGCCUCCUCCAGAGGUGCCCAACGCUGACAUACUGAUGGAAGACGGGGAGUUGGAGAUAGGUGACAUCAUCAGGUACAGAUGCCAGCCUGGAUUCUCAUUGGUCGGCAGUGAGAUUCUAACUUGUCGCCUUGGAGAAAGACUACAGAUGGAUGCAGCUCCUCCAACAUGCCAAGUCCAAUGCCCUGCUCAUGAUGUCCGGUACGACUCGUCGGGGGUCAUCUUGAGUCCUGGUUGGCCAGAAAGCUACCCUAACCUCCAGAUGUGUUCAUGGAGCAUCACAGUAGAAAAAGGAUACAAUGUCACCAUCACCUUUGAAGGUUUCCACACUGAGAAAGAGUUUGACGUGUUGGAGAUCUUUGACGGUCCAACGGCCAACAGUCCCACUCUGGCGACACUGAGCGGCGACCUUCCUACGCCCUUCAACCUCACGACCUCCGGCCACCAGUUCCUGGUCCGCUGGUCUUCAGACCACGGCACGAACAAGAAAGGCUUCAAAAUUCGCUAUGUUGCGCUGUACUGCUCCACCCCAGACUCUCCGCUCCACGGCUCUAUCUCCUCUCAGAGCGGCGGCCAUAUUAACAGCGUGGUACGCUGGGCUUGUGACCGUGGUUACCGUCUCAUAGGCAACGCCACAGCAACCUGCCGCCGCACGGCACUCGGCUACCACGCAUGGGACUCUCCUGUACCUGCGUGUCAAGCUGUUUCAUGUGGGGCGCCCAAGGCUCCUCCAAAUGGAGGCGUUUUAACAGCCGACUACUCCGUGGGAACAAGAGUUUCCUAUUUCUGUAACGACGGGUACAGACUCUCCAGUAAAGAGCUGACGUCAGCCAUCUGUCAGCCUGACGGGACGUGGAGCAACCACAACAAGAUACCACGGUGUUCUGUGGUGGUGUGUCCCAGCAUUGGCUCGUUUUCUUUGGAGCACGGCCGCUGGAGGAUAGUCAACGGCUCACACUACGAAUACAGAACUCGCAUCGUGUUCACUUGCGACCCGGGAUACUACAGAUUAGGCCCCGCCCACAUCCAGUGCCUAUCCACUGGCAUGUGGAGCUGGAGAAAUGAGAGGCCGCACUGCCAGAUCAUAUCCUGCGGAGAGCAGCCAUCUCUUCCCAAUGGGAAGAAGAUCGGUACUCAGACAAGCUUUGGGGCUACAGCCAUUUACACCUGUGACGCUGGCUUCAUGCUGGUGGGGUCAGCCGUCAGAGAGUGCCUGUCCUCUGGGCUGUGGAGUGGAACAGAAACUAGAUGUCUAGCCGGUCACUGUGGGAUCCCAGAAAGCAUUGUGAACGGUCAGGUGAUCGGGGAGAACUUUGGUUACCGUGAUACAGUCGUGUAUCAGUGCCUGCCUGGAUUUCGACUAAUAGGCUCAUCGGUUCGAAUCUGUCUCCAAGAAAACCAGUGGUCUGGACAACUGCCUGUCUGUAUAUCGAUCAGCUGUGGCCAUCCAGGAAGUCCCAUAUAUGGUCGUACGGUGGGAAACGGCUUCAACCUCAACAACGUGGUCAGCUUUGUGUGUAACCGGGGUUAUGAGAUGGAGGGGCCCGCGCACGCUCAGUGUCAGGCCAACCGCCAGUGGAGCCACCCGCCCCCAACGUGUAAAGUGGUCAAUUGCUCUGAUCCAGGUAUCCCAGCCAACUCCAUCCGGCAGAGUAAAAUAGAGCACGGGAACUUCACCUUUGGCACUGUGGUCUUCUACGACUGUAACCCGGGGUAUUACCUGUUUGGAUCACCUGUUCUGUCCUGUCAGCCUACUGGACAGUGGGACAAACCUCUGCCCGAAUGUAUAGUUGUGGAUUGCGGUCACCCCGGCUCUCCCCCUAACGGUGUGCUGAGUGGAGCUCAGUUUACAUUUGGUUCAACGGUCCGAUACUCUUGUCUUGGCGGGAGACAGCUGAAAGGAGAAUCAUCCAGGACUUGUCAGCUCAACGGGAUGUGGAGUGCCCCCAUGCCCUUCUGCUCUGGCGACACAACGGGUUCCUGCGGCGAUCCCGGCAUUCCCUCCCAGGGUUCCAGGGAACAAACGGAUUUCAAGAUCCGUUCCAAGGUUUACUUCAGCUGCACAGAGGGCUACGAUCUGAUUGGUUCUUCAGAACGGAUGUGCUUCCCUAAUGGGACGUGGUCUGGCACACAGCCCUUCUGUAAACCUGUCCAGUGUGGUAACCCUGGCACUCCCAGUAAUGGCCGGGUCUUUCGUUUGGAUGGAACAACGUUUUCUCACUCGGUCAUCUACUCCUGUAUGGAGGGCUACCUGCUCAGCGGCGCCACCACCAGGCUGUGUCAGGCCAACGGGACCUGGUCAGGAUCGCAGCCCAACUGCACCAUGAUAAACUGCGGGGAUCCUGGUGUGCCUGCUAGUGGUCUUCGCUAUGGAGAGGACUUUACGAUUGGUCAGAAUAUUUCCUUCCAGUGCCAACCAGGAUACAUGAUGGAGGAGGACGGGUCCCCUUUGAGGACAUGCACCAACAAUGGGACCUGGAGUGGGAUUAUGCCUAUGUGUACAGCUGUGACCUGCCCGGCCCCCCCUACCAUCAGUAACGGGGUACUGCAGGGCAGUGACUUUGAAUGGGGGAGCAGUGUGAGCUACAGCUGCUCUCCAGGAUACGAGCUCUCGUUCCCAGCCGUCCUGACCUGCGUGGCCAAUGGCACCUGGAGCGGCAUGCUACCACAGUGCUUACCCAAGUUUUGUGGGGACCCAGGUACCGCAGUCGGAGGCUUCAAAGAGGGACGAAGUUUCAUCUAUCAAUCAGAAGUCUUGUUCAGUUGUUCUCCACCUCUCCUUCUGGUGGGAACAGCAACCAGACAAUGUGAAAGUGACGGUUCCUGGAGCGGCACGCAGCCUCGCUGUAUCGAACCGACCAAAACCAGCUGUGAUAACCCGGGGACGCCACGCUACGGAUCCUUAAACCGGACCUUCGGUUUCAAGGUGGGGAACGUGGUGUCGUUCCAGUGCCAGCCGGGUCAUUUGAUUCAGGGCUCUUCCUCUAGAACCUGCCAGCCUGAUCUGAUGUGGACCGGUUUUCAACCUGAGUGCAUACCCCACGCCUGCAAACAGCCGGAGAGCCCGCUCCAUGUGGACGUGGUGGGGAUGGACCUGUCUGGUUUUGGCUACACCUUGGUGUACAGCUGUCAGCAUGGCUACUUCCUGGCAGGAGGUUCUGAGCACAGAGUCUGCAAGAACGACGGCACCUGGACGGGAAAGAUGCCUAUAUGUCGAGCUGGGGAGAAGAAGAAGCCUGUAAAACCAGCAACAGGAACUCCAAGCCCCAAACUAAACGUUCCAGAUGACGUCUUUGCUCCUAACUACAUAUGGAAAGGCUCCUAUAAUUACCGUGGGCGGAAGCAGCCGAUGACUCUGAGCAUCACCAGCUUCAACUCCACCACAGGGAGAGUCAACGUCUCCCUUAGCAACGGAAACAUGGAACUGCUCCUAUCAGGAGUGUACAAGGCUGCGGAGGCCCGGCUGCUGCUGCUGAUGUACCAGGUGAACCACGCCAACCAGGGGAACCAGCUCAAAGACUCAGCCGUCUCUCCAGCUAAAAUCAUCGACGACUCCUGGACCAUGGAUGGAUUUGUUUCAGCAGAGCCGGAUGGUUCCAGUUACGUAUUCCAGGGUUUCAUUCAGGGAAAAGACUACGGACAGUUUGGACUGCAAAGACUGGGUCUGAAUAUGUCCGAGAGUCAGAACUCGCCCCCCCCUCAGCUCGGUACCAACAGCAGUUCUGUGGCUAUCGCUAUUCUGGUGCCUUUCUUCGCUCUCAUAUUUACCGGCUUUGGCUUCUAUCUCUACAAACAAAGAACCACACCAAAAACACAGUACACAGGGUGCUCAGUCCACGAAAACAACAACGGCCAGGCUGCCUUCGAGAACCCGAUGUACAACACCAACGCCAAGGCUGUGGAGGGGAAGGCUGUUAGAUUCGAUCCCAAUCUAAAUACUGUCUGCACCAUGGUCUGAGGAUUGAUUAUCCUCACUUGAACUCCAUGACUUAUAUACCUAAUGGGACCACAUGGGUGCGAGGCUAUGGGAGGGAAAAGCCCUACGCUUCGACUCAGACCUCGACACAGCACGGUCUAUACAUUGAUUACAAAAGACCUUCUGAAACCCCAAGCAGAGGGAAAACUG